CUGUCCGUGGCCUUUGGGACCGGGAGAGGAGUACUGUCCUUCUUUGACUCGUUCUCUCUGUCUGGUUUACGCACUGGCCACCCGGCCAGGGGAGACCACGCGUAGAGCGGCGGCUUGCUUUGGCGCGAUGCCGUCCGUCAUCCACCUCUGCUCGGCCCCCCAGCCGGGCUGGUUCGGCGUGCCUUGGGCCCCCCUUUCCCCCCGCCCCCGAUGGGCAGAACGGCGCGCGGCGCGGCGUGCCGGGUAUUUUUCCGCGGGCAGGCGCCUCGCGUGGGGCGCGCCGCCCGCGGCGGCCACCGCCGCACGCCGCAGAAAGGCGCGCGCGGCCUUUGAGAUUGCGGGCGGCUGGAAGGGCGGCGGCCCUCAGCCGAGAGCCCCGUUGUCAUAGAGGAGCGCCUUGCGUCCUUCCAGCGCCCCAUCCGGAAUGAGAAAAUGCAUGAUUGCAUGAUCAGGCAGUUCAGCGAGGUGUCUAACUGCAAGCUCACAUCAGAACUACCCGAGUGUUAAGACCAAGGUGAAGAGGGGGC